CUUCCGAAGUAUAAGUCUUUUAGGUACUCAUUUAUCAUAAGGGUAGAUGUUUUAAACUGAGGAUGCAGGCAGCAUGCUCCUCUGAAAUACUGAUAACGCAAAAAUUACAUGUUAUUAGUUAUAAACAAUCCAAACUGGUUUUUCAAUUUAUACCAUGAAUCUACAUAAAUAAGCUAUCUUGGUGAAGUAUAAAAGUGCGAAUUCUCGUCUUGGUAGGCAAAUGUUAGUGUUCUAUGAAACAAACUUAACAUGUCACACGUCACACCUUAUAAGGCUUCAUGAACACGCAACUGGGAACUCCAUUGCAUUAGCAUCAAUGGAGUGCGCGCGCAAAAGAAUAAUUUAGCAGACGACAGACAACUGUGCCAAGAGUUUUGGGUGGGCUCAUACUGUUAGAACAAUGACCUGCAAGAUUUGUAAAGUAAUAUUUAUAAUAAAUGUAUUACAGAGUGGAUUUUAAAUUAUGUAUGCUCUGGAUAUUGCUUGUGCUUCAGGUUUUGUUGGUGAUAUAUUAUUUGCUUAUGGCUCCUGCAUCGUACGUGUUCGAGUACUCUACACCGACACCAAAAGAACACGAAUUUUCAUUAUCCAGCAACUAUAAACCAUAUUCGGUAAAGUUUGUUGCCCCAAGCAUCGCAAAGGCUGUGUCACGACGCAAAGAGUGGCAGGGAUACCUUACAGAAGCAGAUCGUGUGAUAUUACCAAAUAUUGUACUCAGUAGUUAUUUUGUUAAACUGAACAACGAAAGUGUUUGUUUUGUACCAGGAACAGACAUAGGUUACACAAAGAAACAGCAUGCAGAUCACAUGGAUCAUACAAAAUGCGAAUGUAAAAGAGGUUGGCAUGGAAAAGACUGUGGCCAACCAGAAGUGAUCUGGCGUGCUUUCAUUGCAUCCCGUCAAAAAAUUUCCCCCAGGAGACGGAGGAAACCUCGCAGAAUUAUUCACGGUUUUCCAAUUACAGGCCUAGAAACAACACUGGCUGAAAUUAAACUCCAUGAAUUGUCUCAUGUUGUCGAUUGCUUUGUUGUAGGAGAGUCAAACCAUACAGCAACAGGACAUUUCAAACCCUUUUACUUCAAGCAAAAACUUCAUAAGAAGGGCUUUAUCUCCGAAGACAUUCGGCACAAACUUCUUUACAUUCCACUGACCAAUUCCCUGCGUAGUAACAACAAAGGGCUGAAUUACAGCAGUACCUACAGUAAGAGUUUAAGACAGCAACUCUGGCAAAGGGGGCAAGCCACACUAACAAAUUUAAGAUCAGAUGACCUAUAUAUAGACUCUACUGAUGCAUAUGAAAUUACUAAUCCAAAAGCAUUGCUCUUCUUCAAGCUGUAUGAUGGCUGGCCUUUGCCAGUUGCAUUCAGAUUGAGGUGGUCUGCAUAUGGCUUUUUCUGGCAACAUCCAAAACGGACUAUCAUAACACCUGGUGCUUAUACAAUAGGAAUUAUGGAAGAUUUAUUCCGUAGUAAUCCGUCAAGAAUUCCGGGUUAUCUCAUCCCAGGUGUGGAAGAACCUGGAGAGAGAUCAGUGUAUGAACUCGUUGUGGGAGACUUGAACCACUAUGGUGGCUGGUACUGCAGCUGGUGCCUUGAACCGAAUGAUAUUUUGACCAUGCUGCAAUGGGCCCCUCAUGAUAACAGCCCAAUAGACUGGGACAGAAUGAGUGGCAAGAAGAUAGAUAUAACCUACGUAGAAGAUCUAGUUGGCACAGGGUUGUGGCUUGAUGGUGUGACAGCCCUUAUCAGGAAAUCCCAGCAUGGAGAUUUGUACUUUGCCCCUGACUAUGUUGCAAACAAUACAUGGAAAUAUGACUUUCUGUAUACUAACUUCUACAGCAAACUUGAUUACUACAAUAACUAACGAUGACUGCAAUAGUAGGUGUUCAGUUGAUACUAAGUAAUGUUUUUUCUCUUACGAAUGCUGUCAACAACUACAUAUUGAUUCUUGUGACUCUGAAAUUACUCCACAGCAAGGUAAUUUCAAGUCACUAAUCAUUUCUCAUCUGAUACAGAUCAUGGCCAAAAUUUGAUAAUUUCUCAAUUUGUUCAGAUGUCACUUACAGAAUCCAUUCUAAAAAAUCACAUGUCCUCCCACAGAGGUCAUGCUUAAGCAGUCAAUAGAGAGCUGCAUAAAGAAUUGAUAAUUUCAAAGCAAGAAAAUUUCUGCUGUUUAAAACGUUUAUUAUACUGCAUGCCGAAACAUCAACAUUUAUGUUCAAACUACAUAAUGCUCUGACGGACCAACCGACCACAUGGUUUCCUCAUUCAAAUUAACUUAUUUCAGUUUUAGAACAUUUACCAGUCUCCACUAAAUGAUGUACCAUACAGUGAAAGAAUAGCAGACUAGAAAAGUCCACAGCCAAUAUGUAGAACCAUGCAGUCUGGUAAAAGAAGGUCCUUGCUGCCUUCACCAUCACACUGAUUAUGGAGGCAGCAAGGACCUAUGAAAUGUUGUUAAACUUCUACAAGACUACACUGCGCUACGACCCAGAAGACAGCCAUCUUCAUACUGACCACUGUUAAUAACUUUAAGUCCUACUAAAUAAUCACCAUUUAUGGAAGCUGAAGGUUCACUGCUGUGUUCAUGGGGUUCCAGUGCUGCACCCUGUCCUAAAUCAGAUUAAUGCAGUCCACAUUUUCACCCCAUUUCUUAAAGACCCACUUCAAAAACAACCUGUUUUCUAUGCCAAGGUCUCCUAAGUGGUCUCUUCCCUUCACGAUUUCUCAUUGUUCCCAUAUGAGCCGUAUGCUCCAUGGUUCUCAACCAUUAAUUAAAUUUUCCAUACCUUAGGGAUGGCACAGCACAUAAGUAAUAUUAAAUCAGGUGGUGUGCUUCAGCAAAUUGUAAGUUACAAAAGCAAGUGCUACCUCUACAGUAGUUUAUACGAGAAUGAGACUGUUAUUCAACAUUAUUACAACACUGCCAGUUUUAGGUUUGUAUCCAUCGUGUGACCCUUGGUUUGGUAUUAAUCUGAAGUCCUGUUUUAAAUGUUGGUACCAUGUUCACAUAAACAAUAUCUUUUAUCUGGAGCAGAAUCCAAACAAGCUUGCGAGUGGCCCAGGAUGUGCAGAAACAUUAUUUGGUUUGUAUGCCCAGUGAUCACAGCGGGGGAGUCGACAUACCUCGACCCCAAAGCCGUGCCUGGACAAAGUUCUGCGUAACUUCCACCAACAAGCUUGUUUGGUAACUACUGCCAACUCUCACAUUGAUUCUGUAACAGUUAUUUGAAUAUUGACACACUAUGUUUUAAAGUAUUUUAAGAUAUGUUUCAGUAUUAAGUUUUCUUUUGUACACUUUAAUGUUAAUGUUCAAGCACAAGCCUACAACCACAUCAAAGUUUGUGAGCUCUCGCAUACAUAUCCAAAACCUUUUGUAUUGCUACUCUGAAAAUAAUAAUUGCCGAUCGAUAACGUUUCCUUA